CUCGUUUUUUAAUAUUCAUUUUCAUUAUCAAUUUCCUCCCCUCUCUGUGUCUCUCUUCUUCCACGAGUUUUCCCGAGCUAGGAGGAUAGAGAGAGAGAGAGAGAAUUUUUUGAUACUUUGAUAUUCUGUUUCUUUGGAGUUUGCUUUCGCAUUGGUCUUACCGGCACUUUCUUGGGAAAUACCGCAGGUUUCAUUCUUGGGUUUUGAUUUUUUUUCGCGAGAAAAAAGGCUUUUCGGCCAAGAAAAUCUAGAGCUACUUGACUACAUUUUUGCUCAAGAGAUCUAUCUAUAAUUCGAGCUUUGACAGGUGCUAGAUUUUUGGGUUGCCGACGGCUCUUUUCGCUGGCACGCGAUCUUUGCGUGGUUUUCUUGGAGAUUAAGCUUGAGGGGUUCAAUUUUUUCGUAUGCAGGACGCCAGUGAUUGUGCAGAGAUUACCAGGAACCAAACUUCACGGACGGAGAUCUGAGGUUCUUCGUACACAUUUUUGCGACAAAAUAAAACAAGAGAUCAAGGCAGCUAGCUAGCCAAAGAUGAUGACUAAGACCACGGGGGUGGGACGAAUGAAUGGUGUCGGUGGUGCUGCCGAUUCAGGAGGAGCUGCCGAGUGGGAAAUGAGGCCCGGAGGAAUGUUAGUUCAGAAGCGAGACCCGGACUCCGAUCUUAACUCGGUCCCGGCACCGACAAUUAGAGUAAAGGUCAAGUUCGGGUCAACCUACCACGAAAUCUAUAUCAGUUCUCAAGCUACCUUCGGAGAGUUGAAAAAAAUGUUGUCGGGACCGACAGGGUUGCACCAUGAAGAUCAAAAGUUGAUAUACAAAGAUAGAGAGAGAAAUUCAAAGGCCUUCCUUGACAGUGCUGGGGUGAAAGACCGAUCAAAGAUCGUGCUAGUCGAGGACCCCAUUAGUCAAGAAAGACGGUAUCUUGAGAUGAGACGAAAUGCAAAGAUGGAGAAGGCAUCGAAAUUCAUCUCAGAAAUCAGCUUGGAGGUUGAUAGGCUUGCUGGCCAGGUGUCGGCUAUGGAAUCCAUAAUCAAUAAAGGUGGGAAAGUCGCGGAAACAGAUGUGCUUACUCUGAUUGAGCUAUUGAUGAAUCAGUUGCUUAAAUUAGACGGAAUUAUGGCUGAUGGGGAUGCGAAAUUGCAGAGGAAAAUGCAGGUGAGAAGAGUGCAAAAGUAUGUUGAAACUCUAGACAUGUUGAAGAUUAAAAACUCCAAGCCCACCAGCAAUGGAGGUCAAAAUCCAAUGCAGCAUCAUCAGAGGCAAUCAAAUGGUCAAAUACGAGCACCAACCCACGGGCAGCAACCAAGGCAAUCCGAUGGGCAAAGACUCGCACCAAUUCAUGAGCAGCAGCAGCAACAUGAGAAGCAAUCAAAGCAUUCGACAACAGGGGUAGUUGUUACGACCAAAUGGGAGACAUUCGAUUCGAACCCUGCUUUAGUUCCUCUCCCUUCCACAUCCACACCCACCUCAGCCACUCACAACUCAGUCCAACCCAAGUUCAAUUGGGAAUUCUUCGAGUAAGCCAUAGGCCACGUUUUUUUGUUUUUGUUUGUGUGGAUGUGUUUUGGACUUAUCUUUUUACCUGGCUUGUGAUCCUUUUUCUCCAUUCUUUUCUGUACCUAGAUUUUGUUGAGCACCCCCUUUUGGUCUGUCAUUGGGUUCAUCACAUAUAAAUGGGGUCAGUACCAUAUUCAUCAGGUGUAUGCUUCUGUUUCUGCAGAUAGCCUUAUCACCUUGUGAUCCCAUUUGGACAAUGAAUGUUCUCACUCUUAUCUUAUUGAUAUUUUUCAUCU